CCCGAACGGUCACCCCGUAGUAACGCAGCGCAAGUACGUUUGUAAGUGUAUUUUACAGCGGAACCUGACGGCAAUCAUUCAUGCUCAUGCUCACGGCGCGGAAGCUCCGUGCCGUAGUGACCGACGGACCGAUGCCCAGCACUAUUGUAUUGUAGCCGAUCUUAACGAUGGAGAUCACCGGAAAAAAUGACAAGGUAACAAUGAGGCGAACAUCAGGUGCAAGUGCAAGACAAUGUGCGGAAUUAUGCCGACUGUCUGUCACCGCUGGAACUUGAAGCCCUAGCCAGCAUCCGAACCGUCCAGGUGAUAAAGACGGACGGAUGGGCAAUAUCGCUGCUUUCAUUCUUCACGUGGCCCUGAAAGCAGCAUUGUCGAUUGAUUGUUUCAUGGCGGUUCGUCGAUUGACGUCUUAUAUCACCGACCUUUUUACCCUUUCAACCCUUCCCAUUCAGGGCAGGAUGAUUAUGUCGAUAGUCGAAUUGCUAGCGAACGCAGGGGUAAACAUUGAUGUUGUAAAACCGCCAUGCUGCAAACCUCCCUCCCAAUUGAACCAACUCUCAAUUCGAUUCCAUCUGCAAGAUCAUCACGAGAUCAACGAACGGAUGUUUGGUUUGCCGUUCGUUGGUCUCCCCUUCACAAAACCGACGGUGAAUUGCCUGCCAUCAAAGUCUUGGCGUGUUUGGGAUGAACUUUCUCACUCCUGCAUCUAUCUGCAUUCACCACGGUCGUCGCCGCCUCUUCCACUUCCGCUCUUCCGCUCUUCCGGACCUCUCACCUUCAGGUAUAGUAGGCAUGGUUCGUCCAUCUGCGGUGAGCGUUUGAGCAAUUGACUCGACAAGUCGAACGGCUUUUUGCCGAGAAACAAACCCUGGAAGAAAAAUUCGAAAAAAAAAAAAAAAAAUUUUUUUUCGGAGGCGGGAA